UCUGUCCGCCUUGGCCUUCCAGAAGUACUGGGAUUACAGGCGUGAGCCAUCUUGCCCAGCCUGUUUUGAUAUACUUUUAAUAUCAACAUUAAUCAAAGGCAAUAGAAAAUCCAGGAGAAUUUCUUAAUUCUUGAAAUUCUACAGAUACCUAAAGAACAGCUUGAAUAUAAAAAUUUAGUAGGUAAAUGAUCAAGUUAGGGCUUUAUUGAAAGAAUUAAAUUUCCUACUCAGAUUCAACCAUAUUGACCAUGUCUUUUUCUGUUUGUUUUUUUAAAUUCAGGUGUCUGCCCAAACUGGAACUUAUGCUGUAGUCAUUUCUUUGUGGUUUAUCUAAAAACCAAAGGAAAAGGAUACUGGAGAUCCAUUUGUAAGGAAAGAAAAGAAAGCAAUGACAUAAUGCUCAGAGUUGGAGCCAGUUAAACCAGUAAACAUUGCUAUCUUCAGAAACUAAGGAAUGAGAGGCAAAGAAGAAAGGACCUUCAUCUUGGAAAGACCAAGAGCACCUUGAAAUUUGGAAGAAAUGUCAUGCUAGCCGCUAAAGCCGCCUUUAUCCCCAGAAUGAAUGAAGUGCUUCAGACUUAAACGAUUGAUCAUUCUUAGAAGAGCUGCUGUAACACAUAGGGGAAGUGAAAACGAACAAAUGAAAGUUUUGUCAUGCACUGAAAGAAAAGCGUUGUCUGUGAAGUUCUAUUUUUAAAAAUGUCUGCUUGUAACACCUUUACUGAACAUGUUUGGAAACCUGGUGAAUGCAAGAAUUGCUUUAAACCUAAAAGUUUGCACCAGCUACCCCCAGACCCUGAGAAGGCACCCAUCACCCAUGGCAAUGUGAAAACCAACGCCAAUCACAGUAACAACCACCGACUCAGGAACACCGGAAAUUUCCGGCCUCCUGUGGCUAAAAAACCCACCAUAGCUGUGAAGCCCACUAUGAUGGUGGCAGAUGGGCAAAGUAUAUGUGGUGAGCUUAGCAUCCAAGAACACUGUGAGAACAAACCUGUCAUCAUAGGGUGGAACCGAAACAGAGCUGCCUUGAGUCAGAAACCACUUAACAAUAAUAAUGAAGAUGAUGACGGAAUUGGCCAUGUUCCUAAUCCUUACGGCAAUAAUGAUAGUGCAAAGAAAGUGUCGAAUAACAAUAAUGGACUAACUGAAGUGUUAAAGGAGAUAGCAGGCUUGGAUACUGCCCCUCAGAUUAGAGGAAAUGAAGCAAACUCCAGAGAAACAUUCUUAGGAAGAAUAAAUGAUUGCUAUAAACGAUCAUUGGAAAGAAAACUUCCACCAAGUUGCAUGAUUGGUGGGAUAAAGGAUACUCAGGGCAAGCAUGUUAUUCUGACUGGGAGCACAGAAGUGAUUAGUAACGAAGGGGGCCGGUUCUGUUACCCAGAGUUUUCCAGUGGCGAGGAGAGUGAAGAGGAUGUGCUUUUCAGUAACAUGGAUGAGGAGCACGAGAGCUGGGAUGAGAGUGAUGAAGAGCUGUUGGCCAUGGAGAUUCGCAUGAGAGGGCAACCCCGCUUUGCCAACUUCAGAGCAAAUACUUUGUCUCCUGUUCGAUUCUUUGUGAACAAAAAAUGGAAUACCAUCCCCCUGCGAAACAAAUCUCUGCAGAGAAUCUGUGCUGUGGACUAUGAUGACAGCUAUGAUGAAAUCCUGAAUGGUUAUGAGGAAAAUUCUGUGGUCUCUUAUGGACAAGGAAGCAUUCAGAGCAUGGUGUCAUCUGACUCCACAUCACCAGAUUCUUCUUUAACAGAAGAAUCACGUUCUGAGACAGCCAGUAGUUUAUCCCAGAAGAUUUUUAAUGGGGGAGUAUCUCCUGGUAACCCAGGAGACUCUAAGGAUAGCAAGGAAAUUGAGCCCAGUUAUGAAAGUCCUGCUAGUAAUAAUCAGGAUAAAGAUGCAUCACAAGCUUCCAAAAGUCCCAUAAAAGUUCCAGAGACCCACAAAGCAGUCCUUGCUCUCCGAUUAGAAGAGAAGGAUGGCAAGAUCGCUGUACAAACUGAGAAGGAAGAAAGUAAAGCCUCUACAGAUGUCGCAGUGACCAUAAACCUCGUCCCCACAGAAGAGCAAGCAAAACCCUACCGAGUUGUGAAUCUGGAACAGCCAUUGUGCAAGCCAUAUACUGUCGUGGAUGUGUCAGCAGCCAUGGCCAGCGAGCACCUCGAGGGCCCUGUUAACAGCCCCAAGAAAAAAGGCUCAUCUUCUACGCCAAACUCACCAGUGACAUCAUCUUCAUGGACACCAGGACAAAUAAGUGCUCAUUUCCAAAAAUCCAGUGCAAUUCGAUACCAGGAAGUAUGGACUUCUAGCACCAGUCCACGACAAAAAAUACCUAAAGUGGAACUAAUUACUAGUGGAACUGGACCAAAUGUUCCUCCAAGGAAAAACUGUCACAAAUCAGCACCUACUUCUCCCACAGCUACAAACGUUUCCUCCAGAACCAUCCCUGUUAAGUCACCUAAUUUGUCUGAAAUUAAAUUUAAUAGUUAUAACAAUGCUGGUAUGCCACCGUUUCCAAUUAUCAUUCAUGACGAGCCAACGUAUGCUCGGAGUUCCAAAAAUGCUAUCAAAGUUCCCAUUGUUAUCAAUCCAAAUGCAUAUGACAAUCUAGCCAUCUACAAAAGUUUUCUGGGAACAAGUGGAGAACUCUCUGUGAAGGAAAAAACCACAAGUGUAAUAAGCCAUACUUAUGAAGAAAUAGAAACUGAAAGCAAAGUGUCUGAUAACACCACUAGCAAAACCACUGAAUGUCUUCAAACUAGAGGGUUUUCAAACAGCACAGAGCGCAAAAGGGGCUCAGUGGCUCAGAAGGUUCAAGAGUUUAACAACUGUCUCAACAGAGGUCAGCCUUCACCACAGAGAAGCUAUAGUUCCAGCCACAGCUCCCCAGCAAAGAUCCAGAGAACCACUCAAGAGCCUGUGGCCAAAAUAGAAGGGACUCAGGAGUCUCAGAAGGUGGGCAGCAGCGGCAGCAGCAGCAGCAGAGAGAAAGCAAGCACAGUGCUUUCUCAGAUUGUGGCUUCAAUCCAGCCCCCACAGUCUCCUCCGGAAACACCUCAGUCUGGCCCUCAAGCUUGCAGCGUGGAAGAGCCUUAUGCCAUUCCUCCAGAUGCCGGUGUUGCUAAGAGUACACCUAAGAGUACACCAGUCCGGCCCAAAUCUCUCUUCACAUCUCAGCCUAGCGGUGAGGCUGAAGCACCUCAGACCACAGACAGCCCCACAACCAAAAUACAGAAAGACCCAUCCACAAAGCCAGUCACCCCCUCUCCCUCCAAAUUAGUGACUAGCCCCCAGAGUGAGCCACCACCACCGUUUCCCCCGCCACGCUCUACUUCCUCUCCUUACCAUGCAAGUAACCUUUUGCAGAGGCAUUUCACCAACUGGACCAAGCCAACCAGCCCUACCAGGUCAACAGAAGCUGAAUCAGUUUUGCACUCUGAAGGCAGCAGGCGGGCAGCGGAUGCAAAGCCUAAGCGCUGGAUAUCAUUUAAAAGCUUCUUCCGCCGUCGGAAAGCAGACGAGGAAGAUGACAAAGAGAAAGAGCGAGAGAAAGGGAAGCUGGUGGGCUUGGAUGGCACAGUCAUUCACAUGCUGCCUCCUCCCCCAGUUCAGCGCCACCACUGGUUCACAGAGGCAAAAGGAGAGUCCAGUGAGAAACCAGCCAUUGUCUUCAUGUACAGGUGUGACCCUGCUCAAGGCCAGCUCAGUGUGGAUCAGAGCAAGGCUGGGGCAGACCAGGCAGCAGUCAUGGAGAAGGGUAAAGCAGAGAAUGCGUUACCACAGGACUCAGAGAAGAAGAAGAGGAGUCAUUCUUCUCCAUCACUGAUUCCUAAAAAGAUUCUCAGUCACAUGACCCAUGAAGUAACAGAAGAUUUUUCUCCUCGGGAUCCAAAAACUGUUGUUGGGAAGCAAGAUGACGGGGGCUGCACUUCAGCCACAACAGCAUUGUCCCUACCUGAACUGGAAAGGGAAGAGGGAAAAGAAGACAUUUCGGAUCCUCUGGACCCGAACCCUUGUAGUGCAACAUACAGCAACUUAGGGCAAUCUAGAGCAGCCAUGAUACCUCCCAAGCAGCCACGGCAGCCCAAGGGAGCUGUGGACGAUGCCAUUGCCUUUGGAGGGAAAACAGACCAAGAAACAUCCAGUGCUUCCCAGCCUACACCACCCCCACUGCCAAAGAAGAUGAUCAUAAGAGCUAAUACAGAGCCAAUCUCCAAGGACCUUCAAAAAUCCAUGGAAAGUAGUCUUUGUGUCAUGGCUAAUCCCACCUAUGAUAUCGACCCCAACUGGGAUGCCAGCAGUGCUGGUUCUUCCAUCAGCUAUGAACUCAAAGGACUGGACAUUGAGUCGUAUGACUCCUUGGAAAGGCCUUUGCGCAAGGAGAGACCUGUCCCCUCAGCAGCAAACAGCAUUUCCAGCUUAACCACUCUCAGUGUUAAGGAUAGAUUUUCCAACAGCAUGGAAUCCCUGUCCAGCCGGCGUGGGCCCUCUUGCAGACAGGGCCGAGGCAUCCAGAAGCCGCAGAGACAAGCACUUUAUCGAGGACUUGAGAAUCGGGAGGAAGUAGUGGGUAAAAUCCGAAGCCUUCAUACAGAUGCCUUGAAGAAACUGGCUAUUAAAUGUGAAGACCUUUUCAUGGCUGGGCAGAAAGACCAGCUCCGUUUUGGAGUGGACAGCUGGUCAGACUUCAGGCUGACCAGCGACAAACCAUGUUGUGAGGCAGGUGAUGCAGUUUACUAUACUGCUUCAUAUGCAAAAGAUCCACUUAAUAACUAUGCAGUCAAGAUCUGUAAGAGCAAGGCUAAAGAAUCUCAGCAGUAUUAUCACAGCUUGGCUGUCCGACAGAGUCUGGCCGUCCAUUUUAACAUUCAGCAGGACUGUGGUCAUUUCCUUGCUGAAGUCCCUAACCGUCUGCUUCCCUGGGAGGAUCCUGAUGACCCUGAAAAGGAAGAGGGUGACCUGGAAGAGACUGAAGAAGAAGCCAAAGGAGAAAUGGAUGGGAAAAACCCAAAGCCCUGUUCUGAAGCAGCAGCAUCUCCGAAAGAGAGCCCUGGAGUCGUGAGCAAAAAGCAGAGGAGCCAUGUCGUAGUCAUCACCAGGGAGGUUCCGUGUCUCACUGUGGCUGAUUUUGUGCGAGAUUCUCUGGCCCAGCAUGGAAAAAGCCCUGAUUUGUAUGAGAGGCAGGUGUGUCUGCUGCUCUUACAGCUCUGCUCUGGUCUCGAGCACCUCAAACCCUACCACGUCACUCACUGCGAUCUACGCCUAGAGAACCUGCUACUUGUCCACUACCAGCCUGGGGGCACUGCCCAAGGCUUUGGGCCUGCAGAGGCCAGCCCCACCUCCUCUUAUCCCACUAGGCUUAUAGUGAGCAACUUCUCUCAGGCCAAGCAGAAGAGCCAUCUGAUGGACCCCGAAAUCCUCCGGGACCAGUCUCGCCUUGCCCCAGAGAUCAUAACGGCUACCCAGUAUAAAAAGUGUGAUGAGUUCCAGACAGGCAUCCUCAUCUAUGAGAUGCUACACCUACCCAACCCCUUCGAUGAGAACCCAGAGCUGAAGGAGAGGGAAUACACACGAGCAGACCUGCCUCGCAUCCCACUCCGCUCCCCCUACUCCCGGGGUCUGCAGCAGCUGGCCAGCUGCCUCCUGAAUCCCAACCCUUCUGAGCGGAUCCUCAUUUCAGAUGCCAAAGGCAUCCUCCAGUGUCUGCUGUGGGGCCCCCGCGAAGAUCUCUUCCAGACUUUCACCACCUGCCCUGGCCUAGUGCAGAGAAACACACUGCUCCAAAACUGGCUAGACAUCAAGCGAACACUGCUCAUGAUCAAGUUUGCUGAGAAGUCCCUGGACAGGGAAGGUGGGGUCAGCCUUGAGGACUGGCUUUGUGCUCAGUAUUUGGCUUUUGCCACUACAGAUUCCCUCAAUUGUAUUGUGAAAAUUCUGCAGCACCGUUAAUGUGUACCUGGAUGCUGCUUUUACCACAUCUUCACCUUCUUCCUGUCACCCACGCACUUCCCCUUCCUAGUGCUCACUCCAAAUUCAAGGAAAGAAGAAAGACAAACCUCUUUCCCUGUCCAUGAACGAGCUAGUCCAUUCAGAAAGGUUAUCCACUGCCUCAAAUCAAGUGAGAAGCUGAUUCUGUCUUAACUUUACAGAAAUUCAGCUACACAAACUUGCGGUUGCCUUCCCUUGAAACACCUUCCAUCCUAAUAGUCCCAUAAAUGCAGGUAAAAAGGAAAAUCCAUGUUCUUGAAGGGACAGCUUCUUUGGUAUGAACUCAGUGAGCCAGUCACCUCACUGAGGGUCCAUUUCCUCCGUAAUUCUGGAUAUCACCUAUCUUUUUAGCACCGAAUGUUUAUUCUCACUAGCUGUAGACAAAUGUAACAAGUUUCUACUAUGACCCAGUAGACUCUCACAACAGACCCUUCCUUUAAGGUGUCAACAACCAACUUACUAGGCAGAACUGUCAUCCUUAGCAUCAGCCCAGUUUUGGUUACCAGGGACUAUAUCCUUUGUUCCAGGAAAGAGUAGAAAGAAAAGGAGAGAUCCCAUCCUUGGGUCAUAGACCCAUUUUCAUUACCAUUAUUCGUAAGUAUGUGCAGUGCAUGGAGGACAGCCCCAAUCGUCUCCCCUCUGCUGCCACUGCCCGAUUCUCCACUCUGUCCCCACUUGCCAAUGAAGUCUGGAUUGAGCAGCCACUUGUGGCCCAUUACAGAGCUGACCCGAGGUAAUGUCACCACUGCCUCAGCAGGGUGGAGUACAGCUCAGAGCUUAUAAAUAGCUGGCAGGACAUAAGGAGAUGAUUUUCUUGCAUGUGCAAUUCUCUAGGGGCCAUCAGUGAACAGAGUUUAAAGUCCCUUUGAUUACUGUCAGAACUGUCAGCAUUUGCAGUUUCCCCUGAGCAGUAAUUGGCCAGCUCCCUACUAUCAGUAGCCAGUGUUAACUAGUUUACCAAAUGCUGUAAACAGUUCCCCUGAAUGAAACAGCUGUCAGUGGAGCUCUAAGAUCUCCUUAGAGGGCACAGUGGGGUGGGCUGUUGGGAUGGCCGGAAGGCAGGGGUGGGGAAGAAGGCCACUGAUGAGACUGCUGACCUCCUCCUCAGAAUGUUGACCUCUUCUAGAGAGACUGCCUCCCAGUGUAAGUGGCUCAUGGCUCCUCUGACUCUCUCUAAAAUGGCUCUGGAGGACAGCUCACGGGAAUUCUGAUUGCUGAGGUGGGUGACUGAAGAGCUGUUCACCAUGUGUGCAGCCAGUUCUCCUCUCCUAUGGAUAUAUGUGCAAUUUUUGUAUGUAUUUUUUUAGCUGUAUAUUACAGUGUUUAUGUUGCAACUUCACCUGAAGCGAGUCUACAGAAACCUUCCCCCUUCUUCCCUUGGCACAUAUUUGCGCUAAGAGAUGAGCGUUCCUUCCACUGGGGUGUGUGUGUGUGUGUGUGUGUGUGUGUGUGUAAUGUGUGCACCUGUGCUUGUUUUAUCCAAAACUGUGAGUAUGUGUUUACUUUGACCUUGAAAUCCCAAGAGUCACUCGAACAAUGUGUGUGUACACUUGUGUGCCCAUGUGUGCGUGCACACGCAUGCUGGAAGUAAAGGCCAGGCCUGUAGAGAAGCAACCUGUGGCAGGGUUGACAGACAUGUUCUCUGUGCCUAGUCAGUGAGCGAGCCCUGAGGCCCCUCAUCUACCAGUGCAGAGUUUCCUUAAAGCCAAGACUGAUUGUGUAGUAUUACGUACAUAGCACAUUAGUGGCCUUGGAAAUUUCUAAACUUUUAACAUUUUUAACAGCCUUUCAUGUGAUUCGUGUAUAUCAAAGAGGAUCAGGAAAGGAGAAUAAUGUAUUUUACUGUGCUCUUAUUAUUUUUUUAAGUGAUUAGAAUAUGUGAGGCUCUGUAGGGAGGAUGUCCUUAUCCUGUGGCCAGCAAUAUAGGACUCCCGGGAGAGAAGGCUGGUUAGCCCACAAAGAGUCUUGACUCCUCUAGCCAGAGCGCAGGGCUCUGCUCCUAGGAAUGGCCGUGUGGAGUGGGCAUGCUGCUGCAGGCCAGCAGUGCACUCUUGGUGUCCUGUGGCAUGGCUGCGCCUUGCCUUGAAGAUUGGUGUUUGGUUCAUCUUAGCAUAGCCCAUGUGCACAUAACUCCUUGCCUGAUUAUGCACUGAAGUGGCAGCACACAAACCGCUGACCAUGUCAGCCAGCACAUCCCCUCCACCUCCCCCACCUCCCACCUUGCAAUGGCUUGCGUAUUGAGAUAUACCUUCUCAAUGUCACGCUCGUGGUGCCUUGCCCAUGUAAAUUUGAAUGUUGACUAUUUAAUGAGGUUAUAUAUUUAAGGCAGAAUGUUCCCUGGCCCCUCUAUUUGUUAUGUCUCUACAUAUCUUUUUUUCCUUUGUCUUUUUCUGUUAUGAUUUGGAUCCAGUCUUUAACUCUAUGGUAUGAUAAGCAUGGACACCUCCACUACCAUUAUCUUACAGCACUGGUAAACCAAGCACCUCUUCACAUCAGAUGUUUUUAGUACUGUUUUUAUAUUCAGAUUUGUUAAGGGCGAAAGAUGAAUGCAAACUAGCCAGAGAAGAGCCUCAGGCUUCCCAGAGACAGGUGGCUAGAUUAGUUUUUCUCUGGGUGAUGGCCAAAUAAUGUGAGGUAGAGAGGGAAGGGUGUGUUACAGGUUAGAGCAGAACAGAGAAAGAAACUAUAUUUCUAGGCAGACUACUACAUAAGUUGGUCUUCAGAAUAUUUUUCCAAAAAGAUGAAAUUCAGUCCAUUUAACAUUAUCACAAAUAUUUUUCAUUUUAAUUGUGACAGGGACUUUGAAUUUGUUCACCAACUGAAAAGAAAUCCUACCCUCUGUAGACACAGAUACACACACACAUUAUAUAUAUAUAUGUUUUGAAUUGUGGCUAGUAUAGCACUUUACAUUUUCUCAAGUAACAGCAAGUUAUUGCCUUCAAUGUUGAUUGGAAAUUGUUUUCUAUUGAAGUCUAUACUAUAGAUUUUUCCAUUUAUAUUGAGAGUUUAAACAAUUAAGCUCCUAUUGGAACUUCUCCUUAAGCCACAUGAACAAUCUCUAUGACACUUGGGUGCUAGAGGAACACAGCGGUGGCUAAGGUAGCCAAGAGCAAGACUGAAUGUACAGCAGAGUGCCUUGUUAGCGUGGUAACUUGGAAGUGAUUCAGUGGAUGCUUCACAAAGAGGACUAGAACUUCAGGGAGCCUCCUGCGCUGGCUGAGGCGAGCCCUGUUGGUGUACACACUACCGGGAUGCCUAGAAGCCAAUUCAUGAAGAACAACAGCAAGACGAGAAGAGGAGUAACUGGAACCUGUGGAACGACAACAGAAGAAUCACCAACCCCUGGGCUGAGUUAGAACUGGAAGCCAGGAAUAUGACAAUGAGUUUCGAGAUUUGCCCUCAGAAGACGAACUGGGUGGCGUAUGGGUUGGGGCGAGGGCACAAGCACUCCUCCUGCCUGCCCUGCUGCUGUUCAGGAGCCAGAAGUAAAACGUGUUGGUUAGGAUUUUAACAGCUGGAGUAGCCUCCUAUUGUCAGAUUAAGUGGGGGUCAGUUUUGCUUCCAAACUCCGAGUAAGUUUGUAAACAUGGAAAAGUUCUAAGUCAAGAAAUCUAAAGCUCUAGAAAUAUUAAUGAUAUUUCUGGGAGUAAAUACUGAAAAUUAUGUUUUAAAGUUUCUAGUAUUACAAAGUUUCCAGGAAAGAUCUUUGGGUUCCUACUAAGCUUCUCAAUUUUGAGUUAUGAAUACUUUGGUGCUGGGAAAUAACCUGACAUUUGGUUUUGCUGGAAUUAGGGUUUUCACUAGAUUUCACUGCAAUUAGGAUUUUCUCCUAGAUUUUACCAGCAGUGAUCUGAAAAAGUACAGGCUGGUCCCAGAAAUAGGAAUGGAUUUAGGAUACUACACUAUAUUUCAAAUGGUUCUAGAUGUGUAAAUAUAGUACGAACAUUCUUGGAGAGGGAGUGAGAGCAGCUGGACUUCCUGGGCCAACCGUGGCAUGUGUUUCAUUCCCCUCAGCAGUUGAUAAGGAUCGAACACUCUGCUCCAGCCUAACGAGUGAACAGGAUGGCUGCCCACAAAACCCGGCUAUUCGUUUUACCUCAUUGAGGCUCAUAUUCUCAAAGGCCCAAAGUGCUGUCCGGAGACAAAUCCAAGUGCUGCUCUUGUGAGGUGAGCACUGAAGUCCAGCUGUCCGUGCUUAGGCGGUGCCGAAAGUGGGGAUCCCAUGGACCAAACAUGGUGCCAUAGGGGAGGCCAGAAGAACUGCAGUGCAAGAUGCUAGGAGAGAUGAUACCAAAGAAAUCAAGCCUUUUUAUCCUGAUGCUUCUAAGGUGAUGAGGGUGAGUUGUGACAGGUGCUGUGGGAGGGGAGUUCACAUACAUUCCGUGUCAGGGCGUUUAGCUGAUAAAUCCAUCCUCAGAAAAGCACCUUUUUAAAAAGUCCAUUUCGUAUAUUGAAUAAGAUGAUGAUGAUGAUGACGAUCAUGAUCCUGAUGAAAGCCCUGGCAGAUACAAAGUUCCUCAGUAUUGAAGGAGAAGGAAGAGUUCCUUCUCCCCUUGGCAUGGCUGUGGCUGUGGCCCAAACCUCAGCUUGAGAACAUCAUAUCCAUAUGAUACUGAGAGUGGAGGAUUUUUUUUAAGAGAUACGGUAGUUUUAAUAGGUUUGUUUAAAGAACUCUUGGGAAAUUUCUUAACAAAUUGUGAUUGUUUUUAUAACCUUCCUACAGAGUUAUUUACCAUUCAUCAUCACCAUCAUUUAAUAUCUAUAAGUGCCCAGAAUGUACAAGGUGCUAUACAGCUGUUAAACACCCCCUCCCUGCAACUGCUUCCAAUUAGAAUAGAUUUUGCAUCACCCACUGCUAGUAGCUUUCCCCACCUAGGUGGGCUGCAGGGGCCUGCAUUCCGAACAUCCCAUUACCUGUUUCCCACUCCAGAAAGCCUCCGUGUUUAUUUCAGCUUUUCAUCUUGACCUGUCCCAUCCACCCUCAUGGUUUUUUGUUGUUGGGUUUUUUUUUUAAAUCAAGAAAGUUUCAGGGAAUCAAAAGAGGUCGGAAAUUUUUUAACCUAGCAAAAGUACAGAGUCAUAUAUUUUGCUACGAAUAUUGUUGUAGUACAGAAAACCCACUUUGCCCAUUAGUGCGUGGACAGUAUGUGUGUGUCUGCACCCGUGAUAACUUGCAUGUUGAACCAGCCAUGGGGUUCAUUUUUGAAAGGUUGAACCACACUGCUUCAGGAAUUGCUCCAAAUACUACGUGGUUACCCCUUCCUUUGCCAGUUAGAGCUAAAGAGUGUGAUGUGUGAACACACUGGGUUGGGAUUUUCUGUUGAGGAGAUGCAGGGCGUUUUGGCAUGAGGCUAAGACAGAAGCAAGGUUUCAUCCUAGUCGGCGAUUCGAAUCAUGACAGUCCUCAUUCCAGUCUCUCUUUAAUUCUCUCUGGCCCCGCCCACACUCUAUAUUUGAAAAUCUUGUUUUCCUUGCUCUUUCCGGAGUUUCACCCCUCUACUUACAUAUUGUAAAGUUGUAUAAAUCUAUCAUUGAAAGGUCCCCUCUGCCACCAGUGGCGCCACCCUUUGGUUUGCUGUGGUACUUUGCUGUGUACUCUGUGGCAUCAUGUUACUGUGUAAAUAAAUUCAUUUUAAUACACACUAAA